CAAUUGAACAUUCUUGAGCGUUGAAGGAAAACACAAACGCUAACCAACGCUAGAGCUAAGCUUCAUUUCCAAUACGAAACCCCAUUUUCUUUAAUACAGACGCAAGAAACAGGAAUCCCAUUACCCAUACUUGAUUAUUUGUUAUUAUUUUAAGCUCUCGCUUUGUCUUCAAGAGUACUUGAACGUUUUCAGCACUUUUCCUUUGCCACUGAAUCUUCUCUUCUGCUUUCCUUUUCAAUUUAGGUGCCGUAUACUCUUUCCUCUAUCGGAUUGUAUAUUUUUCUUGUGGUUCAAUUAUUGUCUGCCUCUGUGUUGACAAAAAUGGCUUCCCUUAAUCCAAUCUCUCAAUAUUUAUUCAACAAAACCCACCUCCAAUUAUCCCCGUCUCCCUCUCUUUCUACUGUUAAUUUCCAAUCCAGUUUUGUACCCAAAAGAGCUUAUUUUCAGUUUCAAGUUCCUUUGUCUCGGAAAAUUGUGAAUAUGCCCUUGAAAGCUGCUGUUGUUGUGUCCGCCACCACUGCGGAGAAGCCCAAAAAGCGAUACCCAGGCGAGGCUAAGGGGUUUGUGGAGGAGAUGAGGUUUGUGGCGAUGAAGUUGCAUACCAGGGAGCAGGCUAAAGAAGGAGAGAAGGUGGUUGAGAAGCCAGAGGAACGGGCUGUUCCCAAAUGGGAACCUUCAGUGGAGGGGUACUUGAAGUUUCUGGUGGAUAGCAAGUUGGUUUAUGAUACUCUUGAAUCCAUCGUUGAAAAGGCGGCUUAUCCUUUCUAUGCUGAAUUCAAAAACACUGGAUUGGAAAGGUCUGAAAAGCUGUCAAAAGAUUUGGAGUGGUUCAAAGAACAGGGAUAUGCCAUUCCAGAACCCUCUUCUCCUGGUGUCAGUUAUGCACAGUAUCUGAAAGAAUUGUCAGAGAAGGAUCCUCAAGCUUUUAUUUGCCACUUCUACAAUAUAUAUUUUGCCCACAGUGCUGGCGGUAGAAUGAUUGGGAAGAAGGUGGCUGAGAAGAUUCUUGACAAAAAGGAAUUGGAGUUCUACAAAUGGGAUGGUGACCUUUCCCAACUGUUGCAGAAUGUUAGGGACAAGUUGAAUAAAGUUGCUGAGAGCUGGACCAGAGAAGAGAAGAACCAUUGUUUGGAAGAAACUGAAAAGUCGUUCAAAUAUUCAGGAGAGAUCCUUCGCCUAAUAUUAUCAUGAUGUGCAUAGUUCCUUGAUCUCCUUGUAAUGUUAUGUAACAAUGCGCAAGCCUACGUAUUCUAAGUUUAUAUUGGAAACUUUCUAUUUUCAUUGCAGCAGCGUUCUUCAAUGUAAUGAAACUGCUGUUCAUGUACAUCAGAACUUUAACCAAACCACUAUGAUAAUGUUGCUUUCUUUUCAUUUUUCUAA